UGGGGAGCACAUCGUCCAAGAAAUUCAGGCGUUCUACGAAGUCGAUGAUUCUUCUCUUCACGUCGUGACAAUCUUGGCUUCACUCCUAUCUUCGUCGCAGCUCUUAAAUCUGACACGAAUGCUAUUCGCAACUGCUUCUUUCGUUGGAUGUAUAUGCUGGUUUGCACGACCGCGACAACAAGCUUGGUCUCACUCCAUUGGAAGCGCUACAGAAGCACACUUCACAAAACUUCUCUCAGAUGAUCUCUCAAGUCAUGCCUGGGAAUACUUUAGAACGCUCUCAGGUUGCGUUGAAAGAGGAAUAUGUUACGGAAUAUUCACUCAAACAGGCAAUGGGUGAUCAGGAUGUCGCGGGUUGGCAGUCCCUCGAUCAAUACAUCCAAAUCCGCGAAUAUGGCUGUACGUGUGGCUCCUGCGAAGAAGGAUGGUUGUCACCUCGCAUGAAAUUUUGUUUGCAAGCUACGGCAGAACUAUAUGGCGAUAUGAUUGAAGACGCUGCUGUGGGUUUUACCCCCCGCAAGCCCAUUCGCAUCGAAGACUCGACCUUUCUUGUUUCGUCACAAUUUGCCACUUAUUCCUCCCUCGCUUUUUCCAAUUUAUCAAUUCUUCUUUCGGGGCUAUGGUGCUAUCUUCUCUCUUACGGGUCGUUCACUUGCCGGUGAGACCACAGGUCUGGAUGGAGUCGUUUCCGAUAGCGGCUUCUCCCUAGCCACAGUUAACGCAAUUACCAGAGCCAAUAUGUUCAAACUUGACUUCCCUUCGUCGUCUUUCG